AUGAUAAUUUUAAUUUCAGAGGAUAAAAAUGAAGCCGAAGUCAGCAAAGGCGGAGUCGAGACACCACCAAGUUCUGGUAAAGAGAUCGAAGCGAAUACAGCAGUUGCUCCUGUUAUAGACGAUUCUGCUGGGGCGAAAACGGCACUGCUACCAAUAGGCCCAGUUGGGGGUACCAAAACUGCAAAGGAAGAGAUUACCGCUGGAGGUAGUGCUGAUGCAGAUAUUGGCUCAGCAGGCGCUCGAGGUAGUACUGAGCCAAGUAAUUACUGCAUCGUCGGUGGAGGGAAAGGAAAAUAUGGUGAGUCUGCUGAACGAGGCGGCACAGAUAGUACUGGAUUAGCUGGAGAGAGACAGCAAAGUGCAUACGUACUGGGUAGUGGAGGACAGGGCAAAUCUGCUGAACAAGAUGGUGCGGCUCGUGCUGGCGUAGGUGGUGCAGUUAGUGCUGAAGAGCGCAGCAGCGAAGCUAUGGCUGGCGCAGGGCAGGGAGGUUACGGCAAAUCUGCUGAACAAGACAGUGCGGCUCGUGCUGGUGUAGGCGGUACAGUUAGUACUGAGCAGCGCAGCAGCGAAGUUGGGGCUGGCGCAGGGCAAGGAGGUUACGGCAAAUCUGCUGAACAAGAUAGUGCGGCUCGUGCUGGCGUAGGCAGUGCAGUUAGUGCUGAGCAGCGCAGCAGUGAAGUUGUGGCUGGCGCAGGGCAAGGAAGUUACGACAAAUCUGCUGAACAAGGUAGUGCGAGUCGUGCUGGCGUAGGCAGUGCAGUUAGUGCUGAGCAGCGCAGCAGCGAAGUUGUGGCUGGCGCAGGGCAAGGAGGUUACGGCAAAUCUGCUGGACAAGGUGGUGCAGCUGAUUUUGGCAAGGGGGGUGCGGCUGGGUCCGGAGAGCAAAGUAGCUAUUUUAUAGUUGGUGGAGGACAGGGAGUUUACGGUACAUCUGCUGGAAAAGGUAGCGCAGCUGGUGCUGGCGCAGGCAGAUCAGCUGAGGCCGGUUCAGCCGCUGGAAAAGGUAAAGCAGCUGGUGUCGGUGUAGGCGGUGCAGCUGAGUCUGGACAACGAAGCAGUUAUUUCAUGGUGGGCGCUGGGCAAAACGGUUACGGCAAAUCUGCUAGUCCAGUUGGUGCAGGUGGUGCCGGACAAAGUGGUACAGCUGGUGCUGGUGUAGGCGGUGCGGCUGGUGGUGGAGAGCGAAGCAGCUAUUUCCUGGCCGGCGCAGGACAGGGAGGUUACGGUAGAUCCGCUGAACAAGGCAGAACAACUGGUGUUGGUGCAGGCAGUUCAGCCGAGGUCGGUUCAGCCGCUGGAAAAGGUAAAACAGCUGGUGUUGGCGUGGGCGGUUCAGCUGAGGCUGGACAACGAAGCAGUUAUUUCAUGGUGGGCGCAGGGCAAAACGGCUACGGCAAAUCUGCUAGUCCAGUUGGUGCAGGUGGUGCCGGACAAAGUGGUACAGCUGGUGCUGGUGUAGGCGGUGCGGCUGGUGGUGGAGAGCGAAGCAGCUAUUUCAUGCUUGGCGCAGGGCAAGGAAGUUAC